GGAAAAAGUUCUAAUUCCAAUUCAAGUAUUUGACAACAGUAUUUCUGUUCAUUCGGUGUUCGAAUGUAACAAGAAAUAAAUAUGUAAAUAAAUGUAACUAUUAUUUUUACUAGUCUUACGUUCAUCAUCAGAUUUACAUUGUUCUAUGUUUCUAAUAUCUCUCUUACGGUCGCAUUAACUUAUUGAAAUCUACUCCAUACUUUGUGGAUCAUAACUCAUAAUUGAAUCUCGGCUUUUUGUGACUCAAGUGUGACAAAGACGUUCUGCUAAACAUCGGUAAUCUCUUACACGUUUCUAAUGAUGAGUGAUUCAGAAGACGAAACCGCCUCGAUGGAGACCACGAGGAUGUAUAAAGAUGACCUAGAGUUAUCUCGAAUGUCUUUAUAUCUUAGUUCCCAAGAUCUGAUUAAUAAUUCUCCAGGAGCUGUUCAACAUAUAAGGCCUGAAAGCAUCACAUUUGAUUCGACUCCAGGAGAUAUAUCUGUUGAUUUCGUACUUGUUUCAUCAUCCAAAGCUAAAGCACCUGUAGAUAUUGAUGGUUGGAAUCGCAGAUCUGCAUUUGAAGAAAGAAUAAAAGAACAAGGUUUACUUCUCGAGGAAGAUGUUGUUGGUGGGUUGACAUUUAUCAAAGUGCAUGCACCUGUACCAGUGUUACGUAGAUAUUGUGAAAUAUUGAAACUGCGAAUGCCUAUGAAAGAGUAUCCAAUGACUGAACAUAUUCCUGAAAAAGGUUUUGAUGUAAUGGAGAAAAUAAAAAAAAUUAUUGGUCGUAUUAUAAGACUGUUUAUCACUAUUGACCCUGGACCAUUAACUCCAACCAAAUACAUUUUAACAGCUGAAUAUUCACGUGAAAAAAGUUAUUUAUUUAAUGAAGAUGAUCCGGAAUUCUUUUCGGCUGAGGUUCGAACAUUAGUUAUAGAUUUUAUUUUAAACAGAGUUAGCUGGGGAAAAGAUCAAGCAGAUGUCAAUUGUGUUGGAAUUCAAUGUCUUUUAGAUGCAGGUGUCUAUAGAGCUGCUUAUCCUUUACAUGAUGGGACACAUACUACAGAGAAUUCACUUCGCCAUCAGCUUUAUGUUGAAUGGGCUAUGAUGAGUAAAUGGAUUCGAAGACAACCUAUUGAUCAAAUUAAAGAAUACUUGGGUGUGAAGUAUGCAUUUUAUUUCACAUGGCUAGGGUUCUACACACACAUGUUGAUUCCAGCCGCUAUUUUGGGUUUGAUUGUAUUUUUUUAUGGGAUCUUCACAUUUCCUAAUAAUAGAUUUAGUUCUGAUAUUUGUAAUGCAACUGAUGUAAUAAUGUGUCCAUUGUGUGAUCGGACAUGUGAUUACUGGGAACUAUCAAACACUUGUUUUUAUGCAAGAUUAACAUAUUUAUUUGACAACGAUUUAACUGUGAUAUUUGCUUUUUUAAUGUCUAUAUGGGCUACUUUAUUUCUUGAGCUGUGGAAGCGAUAUUCAGCUACUAUUACACAUCGUUGGGGAUUGACAGGAUUCACUUUAGAAGCUGAACACCCAAGACCUCAAUAUUUGGCUCGUUUAUAUGGAACUAAUCAUACAAAAGUGAAUCUAGUUACUGGAAAUAUUGAACCAACAGUGCCAUUAUGGAAAAAAAUUCCUGCAACAUUAUUCAGCAUUUCCAUUCUGUUACUAUUAAUUAUGAUUGCCAUUGCUGCUGUAUUUGGUGUUGUGCUUUAUCGCAUGUCAGUUUUAGCAUCGCUUAGUCUUACAAAUCAAUCUGAUUGGAUGAGUACUUAUAGCAAUAUAUUUAUACCAACUACUGCUGCAAUUAUUAAUUUAGUUUGCAUUCAACUAUUAAAUUUUGUGUAUGACAAAGUUGCUAUUUAUUUGACUGAAAUGGAAUUACUCCGUACACAAACAGAAUUUGAUGAAUCUUUAACAAUAAAAAUUUAUCUCUUUCAAUUUGUCAAUUAUUAUACAUCAAUAAUUUACAUAGCUUUUUUGAAAGGUAAAAAUGUUGGUUACCCUGCUAAAUAUUUACGUAUUUUUGGUCUUCGACAAGAAGAAUGUAGUCCAGGUGGAUGUCUAAUGGAACUUAGUAUCCAAUUGUUCAUUAUAAUGGUUGGACAACAAGCAUUGAACACUGUUGUUGAAAUGAUAAUUCCCGUGGGUUUAAAUUGGUUCAAUUCAUUAUCUGAAAACACUGGCCGCUUAGAUAAUCAGAAAUCAUCAUCUGAAGAGAAAGAUUUAGCAGCAGCUGUAAAGAAACCUUGGAUUGAAGAUUAUAAACUUUUAGAUUGGGGCCCGAGAGGAUUAUUCCCAGAAUAUUUGGAAAUGGUAAUGCAAUAUGGUUUUGUCACUCUUUUUGUAACUGCAUUUCCACUGGGUCCAUUUUUUGCUCUAUUAAAUAAUGUAUUUGAAAUGAGAUUGGAUGCUAAAAAAUUUUUAAGAUAUUUCCGACGACCAAUUCCUCAUAGAGUCCCUAAUAUUGGAGUAUGGUAUCGGGUACUGGAUAUUUUAGGAAAAUUAGCAGUUAUUACUAAUGCAUUCAUAAUAGCAUUUUCUUCUAAUUACAUACCUCGAAUGGUGUACAUAAGUUUGGUAAGUGAAGAUCAUACAGACAAGGGUUUCUUAAAUAACACUUUGGCUUAUUUUGAUACUAAUGAUUUUGAAGAGGGUAUUGCUCCACAUAAUUCAUCAUUUAAUGUUACUUAUUGCCGUUAUAAAGACUACAGAAAUCCACCAUGGUCACCACAGAAGUAUGAAAGACCUACAAUGUAUUAUGAAAUACUUGUUGCACGUCUUACUUUCAUAGUCAUAUUUCAAAAUAUUGUUUCAUUGGUAAAAGUUGCUGUUCAAUGGUUGAUACCAGAUGUACCAAAUGUGCUGAGUGACAGAAUUAAACGAGAGUCAUACCUUACUACACAGAUGAUCAUUAAGAAUGAAGCAAAAAAAGCAGCAGAAGUUGAACAUUUGGAUGGUAUGUUGCAUGGGGUCAAUUCUCCACAGAGCUUAUGAGAUCAAUUUCAAGAGCUUGUGAUAAUUUUAUUUUUCCAAGACUUAUAUAAUUGUGGUCAUAUGUUUUAUUUUGUAUAAUUGCACUGGUGCUUUUUAGCAUUUAACUGCAUUUUGUUAUAUUUACAACUAAGUCAUUAUUGUGUUCAUUGCUAACUGGUUUUAAUAAAUGCCUUUGCUCUUGCAUUAUUUGGUAAUCAUUAAAAUCAUUAAUAUAUCAUGCACAAAACGCUUGUAUUAUA